AUGUACUAUAACUUGACAAAAAUUCAAUCUGGCACUUUUAGUACUGUCUACAAGGCAUGGAGUUCCACUUUGGAAAGAUAUGUCGCUUUAAAAAUAAUGUCCAAAUCAAAGUAUUCGGCAAAUGGUGUCGCAAAUGAAUAUAAUAUAAUGAAACAUCUAGGGACGGGACAUCCAAACGUUUGUUCAAUGCUUGAUUAUUAUGAAGAUAAUGACAACUAUGUUCUCGUCUUAGAGUAUUGUGAAUGUGGUGAUAUGUAUGAUUUUUUAGCCAUUGCAAAAAGUCAAGGAGAUGCUUUAUCACCUUCCAUUAUUGAAUUAGACUUUACUAAAAUAUUGAGACAGCUGGUUUCUGCCAUCAAAUAUGCACAUUCCUUAGGUAUAGCCCAUCGGGAUAUUAAACCAGAAAAUGUAUUAUUAACUAAAGAAGGGAAUGUCAAAUUGGCUGAUUGGGGUCAUGCCACAUUAGAAUCUUAUUCAAAAGACACACAUAUUGGUACAGAUAAUUAUCGUGCACCUGAGACCUUUGAAGAUAGGGAUGCUUACAAUACAUACAAAAUUGAUUAUUGGUCACUAGGAGUCACUAGUCUUUAUUUACUUUUUGGCCAAUGCCCUUUUAAGAAUCUCAGUAUUCAAAAUUCUUCAUCAUCAUCAUUUUCAUCUUCUUCGUCAUCUUCAUCAUCAGAUAGUUCUAUGGAUUCAAUUGAUGUUGAUGAUAAUAAAAUAGUAGAAGUGAAUUCAUACCUUGAAGGAUCUAACUUUCUAUCGUUUGUGAAAGAUCCCAAUGCCUUUAUUUACAGAUAUUAUUUGGCUCCAAUCAUGAAUGUCAAGAACGGGAAAAUAUUCUCCUAUCUAGAUUCACAAGUCCCAUUAUAUCGUUGGAAAGAUAUGGUCAAUAAUUAUAAUUUGUUUUACCUAUCUAAGGUCAUAAUAUCCACGUUAAUAUGCAUCGAAGCGGAACAAAGAUCAUUGCAUAAAUUCCAUAAACUUCUCAACAAGAUCUGUACUGAUUCUGUCAAUUCGAAUGGGAGUUCAAUGGUACCGUCUCACAAGUUGAAGAAUGCAUAUUCAUUAAACAAAAUGGAUCUCGAUUAUACCUCUGUUAGUGCUCAAAAUAUUACGUGA